CAAACCAUUACCAGUUACCCGGUCCAGUCGGUUGCCCCGAAUUCACUGGAACCCUCCAAAUCAUUCUCUCUCAAAACACCCCGCCAGCAUUUCCCCACCUGAAGGGUGACCGACAGACAGCCAGGCAACUUCUUGCCUUCUCAAACGUUCUCCGACAUCAUUGGCAAAGAGCGCGAAGAUCCAAGGUUGAUCAAUGGCUGUCGAAACGGAAGUUACAAGUGUUACGGAACUGGCGCUGGCUGAUACUGACAUCAAUUGGGCCAGGCUGGACAAGACGAAGUUUCAUAUUAUUGGUGCUGUCCUAUUUACUGUUCAGCAAGGCUUGCUUCACCCAACAGCAGUUGUGAAGACUAGAAUGCAAGUAGCAGAUUCUGGGCUCUCUCACAUGGGUGGAAUAUCCGUAGCUAAACACAUAUUGAGGAACGAUGGUAUUCCAGGUCUUUUUCGAGGUUUUCGCACCUCUGCUAUUGGAGCAUUACCUGGUAGAGUUCUUUCUUUGACAGCUCUUGAAGUGUCAAAAGAUAUGAUGUUCAAAUACACUGAAGCUUUAGAUAUGCCUGAAGCAACACGUGUUGGUAUUGCAAAUGGAGUUGCGGGCAUGUUGUCAAAUCUAGUUUCUUGUGUGUACUAUGUGCCCUUGGAUGUGAUAUGCCAAAGACUAAUGGUGCAAGGGCUUCCCGGGGUUGUAUCUUAUAAGGGGCCAUUUGAUGUCAUGUGUAAAGUGAUGAAGACUGAAGGGUUCCGUGGUUUAUAUAGAGGUUUUGGAUUGACAGCUGUAACGCAGUCACCAGCAUCAGCGCUUUGGUGGGGUACCUACGGUGCUGCCCAGCACAUCAUUUGGAGGAGCAUGGGCUAUAGGGAUGACAUGGACAAAAAACCAUCUCAUCUGGAAAUGGUGACAGUUCAGGCUAUGGCAGGAACAGUGGCUGGUGCUUGUUCCUCAAUUAUCACUACUCCCAUGGAUACCAUAAAGACACGGCUGCAGGUUAUGGAUAAUUAUGGUUCUGGAAGACCUUCAGUGCUCAAGACAACAAAGACUCUACUCAAGGAAGAUGGGUGGUGGGGCUUCUACAGAGGUUUCGGACCCCGUUUCUUAAAUAUGUCACUCUAUGGAACUACAAUGAUCGUUACCUAUGAACUGAUAAAACAUUCAAAUGAAGACCAGCUAAUCAAUCCAUUACUGUUUCUGCUGCACCUUUUUAUUAGAGAGAUUAUCUAUAAAGCAAGGAUGAAGGCUCAAGGUGGACGAGUAAUCGCUGGUCUCGCAUUUCCAUGAACCGAGAUGAAGUUCAUUCCAAGAAGUCUCCAGUCUCUCUCUCUCCAUAAACCAUUGCCUCUCAAGUGUUACUCAAGGCAGUUUUGACACGGUCAGGAUAGGGUAACAUUUCUUGGAGAUUGGUCCUCUUAAAUUUUUUGAUGAAGAAGGCGUGUCUCAGUUUACUCACUGGCCUUUCCGUUCUGCAACUGGAAAUACAUGUUCCCUUGCUAUUUAUUUAUUUACUUAAAUUUAUUUUCUUGAAUGUUUUGAUUAUUUUGAUGGAUUUUAUUUGAAAAAAAAGGUAAAAUUUAAACAAGGAUCAUUAUUGGCCACA